AUGGCUAUGAACAUGGACUUUAAUGCGCUCAAGGUGCGGACCAUGGGGUCUGGCGCAGACGAGGAAGCCGUGACGGUGGACACCAGAGGACUGAUCUCCAAGGUUCUUGCGAGGUAUUCGGGGAAAUGGACUGUCUUACGAGAGAUGAUUCAAAACGCUGCCGAUGCUUCUGCGACCAAAGUAACCAUUAAAUUCGAGACUCUGCCGUCCACAACAGUACCGUCGCCGUCCUCGACAGACCAAACAGCACUCCUCAAGCAUACUAUUUCCAACCAUACUCUGAGCCGCCUCUUAAUUUCAAAUAACGGUCUCCCAUUCAGUGAGAAAGACUGGGCCCGGUUAAAGCGCAUCGCAGAUGGUAACCCGGACGAGACAAAGAUUGGUGCGUUUGGUGUUGGUUUCUACAGCGUUUUCGAUGACUGCGAAGAGCCGUUCGUGUCGUCGGGGAGUCAGGCCAUGGCCUUCUACUGGAAAGGCAAUGGUCUGUUCACUCGAAGGCUUGAUCUGGGUGAAACCUCGAACAAGGAUACGACUUUUGUGUUGGAUUAUCGCAACGAUUCAUCGCCCGUCCCGUCUCUGAUGUCACUAUGUCAGUUUUUAUCGAGCAGCUUGACUUUUGUUGCCUUGGAAGAAAUAGAGUUGUUGUUAGAUGACUGGAGUCUCUUGCGACUCUGCAAGAAGACAGCUCCGGGCGUCAAUGUCCCCAUCCCGAGGGACAUUGAAACCAAGACUACAGAAGGUUUGAUGAAAGUUACUGGGGUCACUCAAGAGAUUGCACAAGUUGAUGCGGCUUGGAUGCGGAUUGUGGAGUGGAAUCCUAACGCAAGCUUAUUUCGCCUCGACAAUCUCCGGGAUACAACAAGUUCUCUGCGGAGCUUCUUCUCCAAGUUUACAGGCCAACCUGAGAAGCCAUCACAGGUCCAGAAAACGGAGCGCACCGAGGAGCCGAGUAAUAUGACCUCCAUGCAGGUGGCAACCGUGUUCUUGCACAUCAACACCGCAUCUAUAGUCCCUUCGAUCAGCCAUUCUCUCAGCAAGGAACUUGAACGCGCGACACGAAAACCGCCACCCAAGAAAGCAACGAUUGCUAUCUUGACACCAUCAUACGAUGCCAAUAUUGCGACAGGAGUUUCCGCAUCCCAGUCAGAGGUUCUUGCUUCUAUCCUCCCUACCAAGUCAGGAAGAGUCUUCAUCGGGUUCCCUACUCAACAGACUACCGGUCUAAACGCCCAUGUAUCUGCGCCGUCUGUGAUCCCUACAGUCGAGCGAGAAAGCAUUGAUCUGAAUACCCGCUACAUCAGCAAAUGGAACCUGGAGAUGUUGCGAGCAGUUGGUGUGGUUUGUCGGAUUGCUUGGUCUGCAGAAAUGACAACCAUCAAAUCCAGACUAGCCGCCAAAGUAGGCCCAUCACGCGCCUCAAAAAUUCGAAAAGAAGACAUCGUGGAUGUCCUUCCGGAAGCUAUCCAUACUGCCAACCAGUUCGUUUUCCGUGAAUCCACGCCAUCGUCUGUUUUGGGUCAAACGAUCGAAGAUGCGUUCUGGAUGUGCAACAAAAAUGCAUCUAUUGAGAUCUUGUCCACUUGUGGUGUGAUUCCCAGUCACCAGACCCGCAUUGCCCCCAAAGAUCUGAGCUUCAUGGACUCCAUUCCUGCCUUGCCAGAUGAAUUCGUACUCAACGCGAAGGAAUUUGUCCAGAGACUGACAGAAUUUGGGUUGGUCACGGAGAUCACAGUUUCGGAUAUUAAGCGUGAACUAGAGGCAAGCACGUUACGCCCGAACCAGAUUGUUGAAUUUCUCACAUGGCUGGGUCGCAAAACUGUCAUGGGACAACUCGACCGACUUUCGAUUCAGAGCCUUCUUCGGGUUGCAGUCGCAAAUGAUGAGGACAAGGAAGGACAGCCUUCAUGGCUCAUCAUAUUUGCUGAUAUUACCAGCUUCCUAAAUCCUCAACGCGUUCCGGCUGACUUGCCGGUGCCGACAGCAGUGAUGCCCUUCCGCUUUACCAAAGCUUUGAGCAAACAAGAGCUUGAAGCGCUGGGGUGGGGUGAGUUGCAGGUUGUCCCGUGGCUGCGCUGGCUAGUCAACAAUGCUGGGGACCGGAGUCUUCUUUCCGCAGAUCAAGACAUCACACAGAGUGCUUCUUUUGCUGGGCAGGUGCUACCUGUUCUGUCAAAGCAGUGGGAAAGCCUGAGUUCAUCCUCGAAGCAAACCGUUAUCAAUACCCUACAACCACAAACUGUGAUACCAACAAAGCUCGGGAUGAAGCAACCUCCCCAAACAUAUUUUGCCACUGUACGGCUAUUCGACGAUCUUCCCGUCGUUCAUGGUCUGAACGGUGUAAAGGAGAAACUGCUAAUGGCGCUCGGCGUUCGCAAGACCGUUGAGCUCGGCGUGAUCUUCGAUCGCCUCAUAAAUGCCCCCGAGUCGGGAGACGCCAAGGGUCCGCCUGCGAGGAAGUGGAACCACGUGGAUCUGAUACGAUAUCUCACAUCUGUGCGCGAAGACAUUCCGUCGAACGAUGUCCAGAGACUCAAGGAAACGGAAAUCUGCACUGCGGAAAAUAGGAAAGGUGACCGGCUUCCGCCUAGCGGUCGCUUCAAAAUUUCCCAGUUGUACGAGCCGAAAGAUGUCUUUCGGGCAUUGGACCUCCCCAUAAUCGAGUGGCCUGGGAUCUAUAAUAGUGCCAGCAACGAGGGGAAGUUCCUCGCGAUGAUGGGCUUGAAGAGCUAUCCAACUGGAUCGGACCUUGUUCGGCUUAUGGUACAGAGUGGCGCACAGAAAGACUUUGCUCUCAAGAAUAAAGCAUUGUCAUACUACAUCAACGAGUAUCAUAACAAUAGCUACGGUGCAUACGAUAUUAGUGCAGUUGGGGUGGCCUUCCUCCCGGUCGAGGGGUCCGAAACUUUCAGUGCGCCGAAAGACUGUUUCACGGACGACGGUGCAAAUUUGUUCGGCUUUAAGAUCCUCAAGAGAGAUCUCCAUCGACAUGCUUCGAAACUGGGUGUUAAGCCUCAUCCUCCUAUGAAGGAUUGCAUCCAAAUUCUCAUUCGUCAACCUCCAACGACACAAGGGGAUGCCAGGACCAUCUUCAAAUAUCUGGCGAGCAGAGCCUCGGAUUUAAGUCCACAGGACAUUGAGCGGGUUGGUAGUUCCCCAAUCAUUCCCAUCGCCAAGAAAAGUCACACAGAGAAAGGUUCCCAGACUCGCUUUGUUUCACCGAAGCUCUGUUAUCUGGGCGACGGAGAAGACUACAAGGAUAUCUUUGAUUUUGUGGAUUUCGGCCAGGAGGCGAACUUUUUCCUUUUGGCUGUUGGGUCGAGGAGAGAGCCCACCAAGACGGAGAUUGCUCGGAUGCUGGUGAAGGAGCCUGCUCGCAUUUCGGCGGCAUUCCAAAGCUCCGACAAAUAUCUCAUGCUUUUGAGAACCUUGGCGGAGCAUCUUUCAGUACUCAAAAAGGAUAAGGAGCUUUUCAGCGACAUGAAGAGGGCGAGAUUCCUUUUGGCCAGUCGAGAUAUUCCACCUCGAUCAUCAGGUCAAGAUGGCAAAAUAAAGUCCUCUGAAAAAGAGAUUCCAGACCUGGAGGAUGACCUCGAUAUUAGAGAGUGGAGUCUUUCAGCUGCAAAAGAGAUUGUCGUUGUGGAUGAUUUCCAGAGCUUCAAUCUCUUCAAAGAGCAUAUCCUUGCUGCACCGCAAGAGGAAGUACUGGAGAACUUUUACGUCGCCCUCGGUGCCGUGCCAUUGAGCAGUUUGGUUGAGGAGCAGGCGCGAUUUGGAGGUGUGGCAGUUGAUCAGACCUUGGGCAUCAAACUACACAAAGUGAUCUUGGAACGUGCACGGCUUUUCUUGCAUGAUCAACCUGCCGACUCGAUCCAGCAUGGAACCCGGUGGCUCGAGCACAGUUUCAGCGUGCAAGUGGUCAAUUCCAUCAGCCUUACACGAUCUCUCAAGGGCCGGCGGGUGUCUCACACACAGAAGCGAAACGCCAUCGUCGCCCGCCUGUCCAGUAAUUAUGGUCUGUGUAUCUGUCCAGGCAAAUACGAUCUGUAUGAGAUCAGUCAAUCUCUGGUUCAUCUUAUUCUGAAGCGACCUAAACUUCAUUCAACUCUGACGCUGGAGAUGCUGUUGAAAACGGAUCUCUUGGAGCUCCGCGCCCGAGGCUACAAUGUGGAACGUAUCCUCAAACAAAAAGCUCAAGAGGCUCGAAUGGCUGAGGACAAGCGACAGAAGCAGUUGGAGGAGGAAAGACGCGAACUCCAGGAGAAGGAGGCUGCAUGGGCGGAAACCCAAGCCCAGCGAGCCAAAGAAGAAAGGCCCGAGACAAGAUCCGAGUCGAAAUCGCAGUCACUCAUGCCUGGUGUCUUCCCUGAGUCGCCUAAUGGCAAAAAUUCCGUGGAUGAGACUCACAUCGCACCGUCCGAACCGAUCAUGCCAGAAAGGGCUUCCCGUGGCUUGUUUGCCAACUUGAGUAAACGGUUUGGACUGGAAGGGAAACAAUCGAACUCCUCCACUGCGGGCGAGCAGUCUCGCUCUCUCCUUCCCGAGACUUCCACCGCACCUCCCCCACCUCCUUAUUCUACAAACGAUCCGCAAAAGCCUCGCCCGGAGCAGACUGUCAAUGCCAACUCCCCGCAUCGAUUACACCAGGAGCUCCUCUCUGCGGUGCAAGCUUGUCGCGCCCAUGGAUCAUCGGACGUUUACAGCCGUCCCGAGACGAACCAAAUCCAAGAAAGCAAGUCCUACUGUGACGAGCGACCAAGUCAUGACCUGGAGUUUGUUGCAACUCUUCCCAGUGGCGUCAAUGUCUUGUUCGUCAAGUCCAUUCCCGACCGAUCGUCCUUCCUGGCCAACAACCGGGCUGGUUUCAAUCUUUUCGCGUCGAUUGUUCUGGACUGCGGUUCAAUAUUUUCAAUGCGCGCAGACAGCCUGAGCAUUUUCUACGACCCGGGCGGCAAGACCAUUGCCUUCAACCGAGCGGGCAGCAUCUUCUGCAACUACUUCUACUUCCAGCAGCUUCACGAGCGGAGUGCAAGCGCCGAUCGCACCGACGCCAUUGUCUACUGGUGGGUGAUUCUGUGCCACGAGCUAGCGCACAAUCUUGUUGGCGACCACAGCUCAGCGCACAGCUACUACACCGAAAGCUUCGUGGCCCAGUAUUUCCCCAAGGUUGCUGCCAAACUUGCCACUCUACAGCCCGUCCCAGCACCUCCCGUUGCGUGA